UCUCCCAUUCCGAACGGGAUCCCACAUUGAUGACGUACAACGAUCAACCCUUCUACGCCCAACCGCUGCGACAGGAUCGACUGCCGAAAGCGGAGAAAAUUGUUUCCCAACGAGUGCCCAGUGAGGCAACGUUCAUUCAGGACACGGAAUGGUCUCCAUGCAGCGUCACGUGUGGAGAAGGUAUCCGGCGGAAGCCAUUUAGGUGCAAGAUUUUCCUGGAAUUCUCCAAGCGUGUCGCAACGCUCAAUGAUUCAUUGUGCCAUUCGUACAAACCACUGGACGAAGUAGAACGGUGCGUGAUGGAGCCUUGUUCGUACUCGCACAAUUUUGAGGAAUCAUACUUGAAGGAUGGUAAUCGCCAAAAUUUGGAUGGAAUCAAAGUGCAAGCAGCUGUACCUGGUAAGACUUAUUCGUGGAGAGAAGAAGGCUACACGAGCUGUAGUGCUUCCUGCUUAGGAGGAGUCGAAGAGCUCAUCAUCAACUGCAUAAGAGAUGACACGGGAAAAAUUGUGUCGCCAUUCCUGUGCUCCCCGGAAACAAAGCCGGAAGCUCGGAUACGAACGUGUAACGACAUUCCAUGUCCACCUCGGUGGAAUUAUUCUGAAUUCACCCCCUGUUCAAAAUCCUGCGGGUUCGGGAUUCAAACGCGCGAGGUCACCUGCAUUCAUGAAGUGACACGAGGUGGAGAAAACACUAUGAUCGUACCAAAUAGUAUGUGCACAACGAAGCCGCAACCGGAUCGGCAGUACUGUAACAUCAUUGAUUGUCCUGUUCGAUGGGAGGUUUCGGAGUGGAGCAAGUGUUCAAAACCAUGCGGAGGAGGAAUCAAGGAACGCCGGGUCGAGUGUAAGCAGAUUAUGGCACAAGAACACAAGGUUGAACGUCCUGCUUCUAUGUGUCCAAGUAGUAAGCCUCCAGACAAAAAACCUUGCAAUACCAAAGCAUGUGCUCCAGAAGAUCAGCGACCUCCUAUUGCUGGUACCAACUCUACGUUCAUCCAGCAUGACCCGAAGAAGAACAAAAUUACUCUGAAGAUCGGUGGUGCAGCUACCGUGUUUUUCGGAACCCAAAUCAAAAUCAAGUGUCCAGUUAAGAGAUUCAAUCGAACAAAAAUAAGGUGGAGCAAGGAUCAAACACCAUUGAUCAAAUCGAAAAAGAUCAAAAUUUCCAAGAAGGGCGCUCUGCGGAUCAUCGACGUAUCGUUCAAAGAGGCCGGUGUCUACACAUGUCACGCAGGGCUCAGUCAUGCGGAUCUUAAACUGUCAGUGAAAGCCAAACCUGGAGGAGUGCAACAUCACGAUGAAGACAGAGAAAGGCAUCGAGAGGGAGUGGGGCUGAAUGCUCUGAGAGAUCAUACAUACGUGGCGUCACAGAACCGGAGUGAUGAGAAAGGAGGCAGACGGAAUCGUGAUCGGAAUCGAGGGAAAAAUAGACAACGACAACCACCUGACAUAGUCCAGAACGCUGAGAGUAGCGUGAUGGAAGACGAGCUUCUCUGGCCAUUUCAGACAUUUUCCAACUCGAAAGGACAUCAGCUGCUGAUGGAGCACGAAUACAGCCACCUGGACUCGGAGCGGGCCGAAAAGGACGAACCGGUGAGGCCGUUCAACAUCUACGAGCUGCUCAAGUCCAAAGAUACCGGCGAUGAUGGUGGUGACGAUCCGAGCAGCUAUGAUGCCGAACGAGCAGCUGCCCUGGAGAGCAUCGAGUACGAGUGGAUGACCACGCCAUGGUCGGAGUGUUCGCAAACCUGCGGCGCCAAUGGCAGCGGUUAUCGGCUCCGAUCUGCCCGCUGUAUGGUCCAGAUGACCAACACGUCCUACACGGUGGACAACAGCCUGUGCGAAGACGCCGGUCUCGUCAUUCCGGAAACGGUGGAAAAAUGCGGCAAUGUGGACUGUCCCAGAUGGGUUUCCACCGAAUGGUCUCUGUGUUUGCAGUCCAAGUGUUUUGCAUGGCAUACGGCCCUACAGAAGCGGGACGUAUUCUGCAAGUUCGGCAACGUCAGCAGUAGCGAUCGGUGUGACGAUCUGGAGAAACCUGUCACCAAACAGGAAUGCUACAACGAGAUGUGCAAAGGCGUCUGGCGGGUGGAGCCCUGGUCAGAGUGCAAUGCUGCAUGCGGUGGCCAGGGCAUCAAAUACAGGAUACUGCAGUGUGUCUGGUACGGUACCAAAAAGCCGGCUGGUAACGCAUGUAGAGAUCAGCCACGACCUGCCGUGAUGAAAGUUUGUAAAGGACCACCUUGUAUUUCUAAUCCCUCAGAAUGCAAAGACUUAUCGAAAUAUUGUAGAAAUGUAAAAACAAUGGGCCUAUGUAGACUGCAUCGUUACCAGCAACAAUGUUGCAAAACCUGUAGGUUUAAUAUUUAUAAUUGAAGUAUUCUGCGUCGACAUCCAAUUGAGUAACUGCACCGACCGUAAGAUGCAGUGAAACCGAUACGGGGAACCAAACUAAUAGACAAACAGUGCAACAGAGGAGUCGUCCAAUGUGGACGACAGUUCCAAUAGUGACACUACCUACCUAAACUACAAGAAACCGAAAUCCUACCAAACCAAAACGAUUUUGUGGCGAUCCUGGGACCGCUUCGAACUUGAUGCUAAGAGAAACUUCAAAACAGGAGACGAAUGUGUAUAAUAUAUUUAACAUGUAUUUCAUAAGUUUAACUGAAUCGAUUGAACAACUGCGGGAAAGGCCAAUGAAAUAAAUGACUAUAUUGAAACAAAAAUAAAUAUGACAUUUACCGUGCUUUAACUGAAAAACCUUUAUUUAUAAGGAAUGUCAAGAGGCAAUAGAUGUACAUAGCAAAAAUGAAAAGAAUGAAGAAUUAAAAAUUCACAAAUGAAGAUAUUAGAAUAAACAAGGAAAUACCGAUAGGAUAAUCGAAACGAAUGAACGGUUAUGAGUUUUAUUUGAACUUUCAGUAUUUCGGCUUUUGAUAUAUUAAGUAAGAUCGGAAAGAGCCAAAAACAUCAACAGACGUUUUUGUAACUUCUGGGGAGUAUUUUUGAACUUCAAAACUACGAAUUGUUCCUCCGAAAAAUAGCAAACAUUCACUUAAGAAACAAAUAAAACUAAGAUCAACGACCAUGCCGAUAUAAAAGCUACCAGAAAAGUAGCGCCUAAGUUUCUACUAUUCACAACUCAUCGAAAACCAUAGACUUUUAUCAUUCAUCUCUCUUGUGCGUUUUAAAAUGAGUCUCACGUUUAAAUUUCAUCUUAGUAAAUUGGGAACGAGUUCACCGGCAAAUCUACACAAAACAUUUUUAAAACCAAACCUCGAUCGUAAAGGAAUCAAAAUCAGCCUAAAACAAUUAAAUUCCAUACCUUUAAACAAUUUUGGCCAACGAAAAAAAAAAAACAUACCUUAUUCCUGUUCUAACAAAACGAAAUUAAAUCGAAGGAUGGUCAACUUUCCUAUUCGGUAAAAAAGGCUGAAAUCAGCUGAAUGAUCGUCGGAUCAUUUCGAAUUAACCUGUAUUAUCGAACAAACAUAAAAUUAUAAUUUACAUUGUGUAUGAAAGGGUUCGCCUACACAGGCCUUAGUUUGGAAGGAGGCAUUUUUAUGUUAUUAUCAUAGAACCAUCAGGUCUUGCGAUCAUUGGAGGGGGAGAAGGUUGAUAAUGGCAAAUAUGAAAGAGUACACUAAAAAGAGUCACACUUAUAGAAAACAUACGUCCAAUCCAUACUCAGUUAUUAGGGAUGACCCAAACUACCAUGAUAUUGUUUAAACGUUGUGUACAAAUGAUGAACUAAAAUGCGAUCUGUGUGUUGCGUUUUGAAAGAAUCUAGAUAUGGGGAUUUGUUCUCAACUGGUAUUUUUGAAUGUGCUGAAGGAGAAUAAUUCGAGUCAAUUAACAUGAAAUGGGAUCCGGUUGAUGCUUUUGACGGUGGCAGGAAAACCAAUCAAAUCAAUUACAUACAUUCUACUGAUGCACAAAUAUCCAUGUAACUGGCAACACUGCUUAAAAUGAGUGACUUCAGAGGCAGAAACAAAUGUUCAGAAAGGUAGAAAAAUGAUCGAUUCGAUGUUUUUAUGUUUAUCGCUAACAAGAUGUUGCAAUUGUGAAUACAGUUGGUAAAGAGUACAAUUGAACAGACUUCCAUAAUUGUUGAUCAUUUUAAAAUUGAUAGUUUUGCCCCGACCAAUGAAAUGCACGUUUCCACACUCUGGAGAUCAUCACAGUUUUGAAACUCUGUUUGAAAGAUAAUUUAAAGUCUUUCUUGAAAAGGUAUCUAAGAAUUUAAAAAUCUACUCCUCAAAUUCGUUCAUCGAUGUAUUUCAACUUAAAAACUGUCUGAAAAACUUCAUAAACAGGAGAAGCUAGUGAAUAUUUAAGACGAUUCAAAUUUGUAACGGCUUUCAGUUGAUGUUCCUAGGAUUAAAACUUCCUGCAACUUUAAAAGCAUCAACAGUGAUUUCCAUUUCAAUUUUCAUAAACUCGACAAACUCAGUGAACAUUUUGGUAACGAAAUUUUUGAGCAAAUACCCAAAUGGUAAUAAUUCAAAGUGGACUCAAAUGAAUGCUGGGUUUUUAUGGAAGAGAACAGAAACCAUGUUAGUUAGAAAAUAUGAAAUUUAUGAAAUUGUGAGAGUAUAAAAUACGAGUAAAUCACUUUAAUUUAAAAGAAACUAUACAAGCUAAAUACAGAAAAAAUAAACAGAAUACUAGUUCGAAACAAUGAGAAAGACGACGAAGGAUUGUAAAUUUGAAUUAAUUAAAAUGAAACAGAAAGCCAUAAACCAUAAGGUAGGAAAAACACUUCUAGGAUAGUAAGAAAAUCAUUCGCAAAGCAAAUAUUAAAUACAUAGUUGAAUUCUGUUGGAAACCAGCAAUGCUUAGUUUCAUUUGUAGAUGAUUUCAUUCGACUGAUAGAAAAAAAAAUCACGCUAAAUUAGUACGUGUCGUAGCUCGUAAUGCACUUUUUAGUUAUAAAUUAGACCAGAUGAAGGAAGAGCACUCACAGCCUAACAACGCCGACACCUAUCAAUUUCCCACGCCUAAAACCAAAUUAUAGAGCAAUGCCUGUUAGAGAGAACAAAAAAAUAUAAGAAAGCCUUUGACUUGCAAACCUAUUUAGAAGCUUUUGGAAACAAUUAAAACACCGAGAAUCUUUUAAAUUGCGAGACAAGCCCAGGGCAACAAAGUAAGAUGACGCGAGAGUGCAUUUAUGACGAUAUUGUGAUAUUUCAUCCCGAUAGAGAGUUAUAACCUGAUCCCGGAUGGCAACAAGCAAAGAGCGAUGCAAUGAUAUUCUUAUAAAACAAAUAAUUUCAUUAUUUUUGCGUGGUCCAAAAGGUCAUCUACCCGCCACCAGAUGAGUUGUAUGUUGCUUAUGAGAAACACAUUCAGAAUUCCCCAUUA